AGACACUCACACCUGAACGUUACCUCAGGGCUUGGAAGUUCUUCGGCGGCGAGCAGAAGUCGCACUGGAGGUCAUAAUGCACGCGUAACUUGAUCGCUUUGUACCGAACUCAAGCCGAGAAGAUCAGCGUUGGAUGUGGUGCCAUGAAAGGAGCCCAGUCAACAGCAUUCCGAUGCGAGCCAAGGAUGGAAAGUGGCCACGGCGUCUGCGCUGAGGCGUUUUCCACGACUAGAGCCUCGAAGGUGAAAUACAUCGACCACGCGGACAACGUGUUCGCCGAGCAGCAGGGACAAGGUAACCGGAUUGCUACAACACUUUUCGAAUGCGCGCAAAUGAUUGUACUUCUCCUGGUUGACGACCGAGAUCUCCAAUCGCCCUACCUGCCGCCUGCCGGAAAUCACCGUGCACAUCUACGAGGCUCUGACCUCAUAUCUCUGCUGCACUGUUGCCUCACACGUGCAUUGGGACAGCGAUUCCGAAGCGUUGGUCCGAGCCUGUGCACGGAGGAAGCCGGUGCCAGACGAUUUUCACAGCACACCGCUGGAAGGUGCAUCGAUUGUGAUCAGACUCGAGCGUCAAAGAUCUCGACUUUGGGAGCAAUGGCACGACUGUGUACAGCAGUCCAGGAGGAUAAGAUGGUCGUCGCUCUUUGAAAGUGCUGUCUUCUUUGUUUGUGAGAGUUGUUCUGACCAGGCAUCCAUUAUGGUUGUGAUGCAAAUUAAAUGAAACAUGAUUCCUUGUACGACCAAGAGGUGAAGAAUGUUGCUGUUAUGGGCGGUUCGACGCGACAAGAAGUGCUUUGCAAG